CGUACGUAUCGCUCGGCCUGUAUUCCUCUGUAACUCUAUCAGGGUGUUGGCUCUCCACCCGCUUGUCAACGAAUGACUAAAAGUUGCCGUGUUGCGGGUUGUAACACAAGGAAGAGUUCGGAGCCACAUUUGAAGUUCUUCAUUCUUCCUCGUGAGAAAAAAAGGACACGCAAAUGGCUGAAAGCAAUCAAUCGAGGAACAGUAAAAGAAGACUGUUCCGUGGACCAUUCUCGCCAGUGGGAACCUAAAUCCAGUCACAUUUACGUUUGCAGCCGACAUUUUAUUACUGUAACCCAGUUCAGUUUUGUGGAAUAAGAAGCAAAGAUCAAGAUGAACAAGCUUACAUUACUUGCAGGCUUAUGUUUGGUGAUAUGCCAUCUUGGAUCUGCCACCAAGAUGGUGUGCUACUUCACAAAUUGGUCCCAGUAUAGGCCUGGUCAGGGGAAAUACAUGCCGCAGGAUGUGGAUCCCUUUAUCUGCACCACGCUUAUCUAUGCCUUCUCUAUCAUCAACCACAACAAUGAACUGGUUACAUAUGAGUGGAACGAUGAUGUUCUUUACAAAUCUUUCAACAACCUGAAAACCAAGAACCCUCAUCUUAAGACUCUCCUGGCUGUUGGUGGAUGGAACUUUGGUUCACAACAGUUUUCCAUAAUGGUAUCCAAUGCAGCUAAUCGUCAGAAAUUCAUCCAGUCCACUAUAAAAUUCCUGAGGACUCAUGGUUUUGAUGGUCUGGAUCUGGACUGGGAGUACCCAGGUGCUCGUGGAAGCCCCCCAGAGGACAAGCAGAGGUUCACUUUGCUUUGCAGGGAACUUGUCCAGGCCUAUGUUGCUGAGGCCAAGGCCACUGGAAAUCCUCAACUAAUGUUAACUGCUGCAGUGUCUGCUGGGAAGGGGACAAUUGAUGGAGGAUAUGAAAUUGCUGAAAUCGCCAAGGAACUAGACUUCAUCAAUGUGAUGACGUAUGACUUCCAUGGAACUUGGGAACGCUUCACUGGCCAUAACAGCCCUCUGUUUCGUGGCUCUGAGGAUUACGGUGACCUCAUCUACUUUAACACUGACUAUGCGAUGAAGUAUUGGCGUGACAAUGGCACCCCAGUGGAGAAACUCAGGAUGGGAUUCGCUGCGUAUGGUCGCACGUUCCGUCUGACAUCAUCCGACACCGGAGUUGGAGCCCCAGCUAGUGGACCUGCAUCAGCUGGUCCAUUCACACGUGAAGCUGGAUUCUGGGCCUAUUAUGAGAUCUGUACCUUUCUGAAGGGAACUACCCUUCAGUGGAUCGAAGACCAGAAGGUUCCCUAUGCCACUAAAAACAGCGAGUGGGUAGGAUUUGACACCAGGGAAAGCUACGAGACUAAAGUGCGUUACCUGCAGGAGCAGAAGUUUGGCGGUGCUUUUGUGUGGGCCCUUGAUUUGGAUGACUUUGGUGGACAAUUCUGUGGAGAGGGCAAACACCCACUUCUCUCUCAUCUACGCAAACUUCUCAAUAUUGAGCUGCCCCCACUCCCUCCUACUACCACCUCCAAACCUGGUGCCAGCACCACCACUCGUCCGACCACAGCCACAACAGUCACAACCCACGCCCCAGGAUCCGGCUUCUGUAACGGCAAACCUGAUGGCUUGUAUCCCCACCCAGAAGACAAGUCCAGCUUCUAUAUGUGUGCAGGUGGCAUCACCCAUGUGAGACGGUGUGGAACUGGAUCUGUCUAUGAUGACAGCUGCAAGUGCUGUGUUUGGCCAUGAGCAAUUGAUGGAGAAAAUGUAUAUUACAACUGGCACAGACAUGUAUUAAAUGGACUGAGGUUAUCAAGCACUCACUGUGUGUGCGCACAAUCAUUUUAAUGUGAAUAUUGUAUUAGUAAUGUGAUUAUUGUAUCGCUAUAAUGUUUUUAUGUGAAAUGUGACAUUCCUAUUUCAAAUGACAAUAAAUGACGACAUAACAAUAUUUUUGACAAAUUGAAAAGAAAGUCAUGGCAAAUAUAGCCGGAAACGCUUAUUUCAUAAGUUUUUUUUUUUUUUUAAUUCACAAUUCAAUUCAAUUUUAGGCAAUUCCGAAGCAAGAAAGAAAAUAAACGCUGAAGCUAAAGUGUUUAGCUCAAUGAAACCUCAUAAGGCAUUGAAUCACGAGCCAAUUGGUUCGAUAA